UAGAAUUAUUUUCUGCGCGAAAACGCACGUGGUAUACAGACUGUUAUCAACAAAACAUGGCGGAGGUACAGCCAUGUCAAGAAAUGUCUUUUGAAAAUAUUGGAGAGCAUGGUUUUGUAGCAUAUUUAAAUAACCUUGGAGAAAAACCAAAUACAACAGUUCGCUUUUUUGAUAGAGGGGAGUUUUAUACAGUGCACAAUGAUGAUGCUAUUUUUGCUGCAAAAGAGCUUUUUAAAACUCAAUCCGUUAUUAAAGAGCUUGGAUCAGGUAACAAAAAGAUUUUAUCAGUGGCUCUGAGUAAAAAUAAUUUUGAAAAGUUUUUACGGGAAUUACUUCUCAUUCGUCAAUACAGAGUUGAACUUUAUAGAAAUAAAACUGGAAAAUCUAACCAAUGGGACCUUGUUGGAAAGGCUUCACCGGGAAAUUUGCAGCAAUUUGAAGAAAUGCUUUUUGGUAAUAAUGAAAUGUCUGACAUGGCUGUUAUUUUGAGCUUAAAAGUUUCAAGCAAUGAAAAUCAAAAAUUAAUAGGAGCAGCAUUUGUUGACCUUACUGAAAGAAUAUUGAAUGUUUGUGAGUUUUGUGAUAAUGAUCAGUUUACUAACCUAGAGGCAUUUUUACUUCAAGUUGGUGUUAAAGAAUGUGUUAUCACUCAUCAGGAUUGUUCUGAUAAUGGUGGAAAACUACAACAAGUUUUACAACGUUCAAAUGUUUUGAUAACUGAGCGAAAAAAAAGUAGUGAAUUUCAGUCAAAAGAUAUCCAUCAAGAUCUUAACAGACUUUUAAAAACUUCUUAUGGUUCGAGCACUGCAUUACGUGAAGUAGAUUUGUUGCAAGCAAUGAUGUGUUUGUCAGCUAUUAUAAAAUAUUUAGAGCUUUUAUCUGAUGAGUCUGUGUUCAAUCAAUUUUCCAUAAAAAUUUUCGAUUUAAAUCAGUAUAUGCGUCUUGAUGCUGGAGCCAUUAAAGCUUUGAAUGUAAUGCCUUCAGUUGAUGAUGGCAAUAACAAAUCAAUGAGUGUUUUUGGAUUGUUGAACAUGUGUCGCACAAGCCAAGGCCAACGUUUACUAGCCCAAUGGGUAAAGCAACCAUUACUUGAUCAUAAGAAAAUUGAAGAAAGAUUAGACAUUGUUGAUGCAUUUUUUAACAGAAGUGAUACUCGAAAGACUAUUCAGGAUACAUAUUUAAAAAAGAUGCCUGAUUUGACACGCAUUUCAAAGAAGUUCUCAAGAAAAAAAGCAUCUCUUCAAGAUUGUGUACGAGUUUAUCAAGCAAUUAAGCAGCUACCAUAUUUACUUUCUGCAUUAGACUCAUACGAAGGGGAUUAUAAAGUAACAAUAACUGAUGUAUUUUGUAAACCAUUAAAAGAUUUGAUUAGUGAUUUUUCAAAAUAUAUUGAACUCAUAGAAACAACUGUUGAUUUAGAAGAUGUUGAGAAUCAUGAGUAUAUGAUAAAAGCUGAAUUUGAUUCUUCAUUACAAGAUUGUAAAACAACUAUGAAUGAAAUUUCUGAACAACUUAAUGAUUCAUUAGAUGAUGCAGCAAGAGUUUUGGGUUUAGACGCUGGUAAAACAAUUAAACUUGAAUCAAAUUCACAAAUUGGUCAUUUUUUUCGCGUCACGUUAAAAGAAGAAAAGGUUUUAAGAUCAUGCAAAAAAUUUACAACCAUAGAAACCAGAAAGGAUGGUGUGCGCUUUACUAAUUCCACAUUAUCAGAGUUAAGUAAUGCUUACCGCACUCAGAAAGCAUCUUAUAAUGAACUUCAAACACAAUUAGCAAAUGAAGUUAUCAAAAUAGCAAGUGGUUAUGCUGAUCCAAUGAAUGUUUUAAGUGAUCUUGUUGCUCACUUAGAUGUUCUUCUCAGCUUUUCUUUGGUUGCAUCCCAAGCUCCUAUUCCAUUUGUUCGCCCAAAAGUUUAUCCACUUGGUAGUGACAAAAUUAUUUUGAUUGGUUCUCGACAUCCAUGCAUGGAAGUUCAAGAUGAUAUCUCUUUUAUUGCAAAUGAUGUCAAACUUGUUAAAGAAGAAGCCGAAUUUCUGGUUAUAACCGGGCCAAAUAUGGGUGGAAAAUCAACUUAUAUCCGCCAAAUUGCGGUGAUUACUUUAAUGGCGCAAAUAGGAAGUUUUGUGCCUUGUGAUCAAGCUGAAAUUUCAAUUGUAAAAAGCAUUAUGGCAAGAGUUGGUGCAGGUGACAGUCAAAUGAAAGGAGUUUCUACAUUUAUGUCGGAAAUGCUGGAAACAGCUUCUAUAUUAAACGCAGCUGAUAAAAACUCAUUGAUAAUUAUUGAUGAACUUGGUCGAGGUACAUCAACCUAUGAUGGAUUUGGUUUGGCUUGGGCGAUUUCUGAAUAUAUAGCAACAAAGAUAAAUGCAUUUUGUCUAUUUGCUACUCAUUUUCACGAAUUAACAACUCUUGCUGAUGAGAUAUCAACCGUUAAAAACUUUCAUGUAACGGCACUGACUACCAGCGAUAGGCUAACUUUAUUGUAUAGAGUUAAACCGGGUGUUUGCGAUCAGAGUUUUGGUAUCCACGUGGCUGAAAUUGCUGACUUUCCUAAGCACGUCAUUGAGUUUGCAAAACAAAAAGCCAAAGAACUUGAGGAUUUUCACGUCUAUCGUAAUGGGGAUUCAGAUGCAUUUGGCGAGGAUUCUACCAUAGAAGAUGUUGCCAAAAGAAGAAGAAUGGAUAAAAAAGCUAGUGAAACAAUAAUAUCAGAGUUACUGAUGAAACUUAAAAAUAUACCGACUGAAAACCGUAGUGACGAAGAAAUAAUCGCUGAAAUUGAUUUGAUUAAAAAGCACGCCAUGCUCAGUGGAAAUCCGUAUGUUAUUGAUUUGUUAGAUAGUUAUUAGACACGGGCGCAAGGUUUUCAUGAACUUUUUUAAUGUAGCCAACCUUUUUUGUAAAUAAUCUUUUUCUUUUGAUAAAUUUGUGAUUAAUUUUUAAUAAUUAAUCUGUUUGUUAUUAAAAA